AAUAACACCUGCAACAUUUUGCAAGAACAAGCAUUCUUUGUUCCUUUCCCGGCCUUCUCGUCCGUUUCGACCACAAACCAUCCCCAUUCCGUUCAUUGCAAACAGAACAGCGCAAUGAUUUGCAAGCCGCGAAGUUCCGACCGCUCUGUUCGCACGCGUUGCGCAAGGGCCGUCCCGACGGUCCUUCUCGGACUCGGGAUUGUUUCUUCCCUCUUCUCGGCCCAGUCUCCCCGCUGGUACGACAUCGGCUCGGCCAACGCCACGAAUACCGGCCUGGAAUUCCUUGGGAAUCCACCCUCUCUGACCAACACCACCUUUGUCUCCAGCAUCGGGCUCUUUCGCUACCGAAUCGCCGCCACGACGAACGACGGAAGCAACGAAAGCAAAAGCAACGAUUCUCCCGCCGGGCACUGGUUCGACCGCAUCGGCAUCGGGGGGGACUUCUACGACCCGCCCCUCGCCGGAAGGGACCACCCGGCGGUCCUCUCCGCCCAGGCCUGCGCCCUGGCCGGGCCGGUCCUGGCCCUGCUCGGGUGGCUCGCGGCGGUGGGGGGUGCCCGGAAGAAGCACAGGUGCCACCCGGGGGGCCUCCCGCUGCUGGUGUCCGCGGCCCUCCAGGCGGUGGCCCCCGGCCUGGGACGCACCCCCGGCCCGUGCAGCGGUGCCCCCGGGGCGGCCUGCCGCCGCGCGAGGAUGGGGGAGGGAUUUGUGGCCGGCGGGGUCGCCGCCGGUUGCUUUCUCGGAGCGGCCUGCUGGUGGCUGCUGCUGUCGCCGCCGAUGGCGCGGGGGGAGAAGGACCGCGGCCCCUCCGGUUCCGGCCCCACCCCCCUCGCCCCUGGGCCGGACCAUGAUUGCGAUCGCGAUCGCGAUCCCGAGCAGCAGGGCAGCGGCACCGGGGAGAAGGAAGGCCCGCCCACGGCCCCGGCCGCCGAACACGCGUCCUGGAGCACCGGGCUGGCCCCAUACGAGGCUUCCUACGGGAUCGCCGAGGUCGAUGGAUCGAACAAAACGGCCACCGGUGGGGGCGUUGCUGCCGACGCAGCGCCACCGCGGGUCGACGCGAUCCACGACGACCGCAUCCAACCAGGCAGCAGCGGCGCCGGUGGCAAUCCGAGGAAGCGCCGGGCGAGCCUCGGGAGACUCUUUUCCCGGACAAAACGACGUGCCACCGGUUCCCGGAGCGGAGCAAGCGCAAGCGCGGAUGCCGAUGCCGAUGCGGAUGCGAAUAGCAUUGCCGGGCCCAUCGUUGCUCUCACCGGAACCGAACCCGAGAUCGAAUCCCMCGGCGUUGCCUGAGGCAGGCGCGGUGGAUGUUUCGUGGGCCGGCAGAGACUGGUGCGGUCGAGGAUUGUACUUUUAAAUAAACGCAUACAUAGUUC